GCUACCUUCGGAGUGAUUAAGAAGAAGGACCGGAUUAGCAUGGAUGCGGCUACAUCCAGGAUGCUAAAGGCCUUGUUGAAGCCAACACAUCCUCCGUCCCUUUAACUCAAACAGCCUCCUGUGUGUCUCAGUCCGGGCUGAGUUUAGUCCGCAUGUUGUCUCGUAAACAGCAGCGCGUGUGGAGGUACGUGGAGGAGGGCAGCCUGCUGAAGCUGAAGUCCUACCUGCGGAAGCACCGCGACCUGGAGGAGGACCUGGUGAACUUCUCCCGGGGCCGGAGGCAGAGGAGCCCGCUGCAGCUGGCCUCUCGCCUGGGAGACGACGCGGUGCUGCGGCUGCUGCUCAAACACGGAGCCGAGGUCCUCCAGAGGGACAGCAAAGGAGACACGGCGCUACACAUAGCGGUCAACAGGGCUCUGAAACACGGGAAGACAGCGUAUGAUGACCUGGUUGUGCCUCUGAAAAACAGCUGCCCAGACGCUUUGAACACUCCUAACAGUGCUGGAGUCACACCUCAAGACCUGCUGAACUGGAGGAAACAGAAAGAGACUGCAGAAAGCAUGAGCCGUCCAUCUGACAGAGACCCUGAGAAGGAGUGGCAGGAAAAGCUGUUUGGUGAAUGCGAGGAUGAAUUCUUUGAAACCUUUGGAGUAUAUGAUGCUGAUGAUUUUCUACCCGUCGAUGAUGACGAGCAAGACUUCGGGGACUGGGCUGACCGCAUCAGAAGAGAAUAUUUCGAUAAAAAGCACGCAGAAGCUCAAAGGCUGGCGGCGUCGGCGUCUUCUGGGAGGAAGAAAAGGAAACAAGAGACGGACCAGGAACGUCAGAGCCACAAGGAGCAUCUUGCGAAGCUGCAGAAGGAGCAUGAAGAGUAUCUGGCGCGGGCGGCACGUAAAGAGGAAGAGGCUAAGCAGGGUAAGAAGCGCAGGUACGACGAAAGGUGCGCAGCUACUUUUGACGGCGGCUCUUCAUCUGGCGGCACGAAGCUGAGCUACAACGACAUCCCCUGGCCGGCUCCACGAGGCACUGUAAAGGAGAUGCUGGAUGUGAUGCUGCACGGCGUGGACAGGAAGGACGUGCCGGUGUUUCGUAAAAUGCUCCUGAAGCAGCAAACGCGGUGGCAUCCUGACAAAUUCGCUCAGCGAUGUGAAGCUCGGUUAGAGGAGAAGGACAAGCAGCGGAUCCUGGAGACGGUUACAGCUCUGUCGCAGGAGCUCAACAGACUGGCCCAGACUCUGAGGACUUAAAAUCUAGCUAAUGAUAUCAUAUAUAUAUA